AUGUCUGAGAAGACAUACAAGAUCUGGAACCACUCGUUCAAAUGGACAUCAGAUCAUAUUCCAGCGGAGGGGCUACAGUCUAUGAGAUAUUCGUACGAUGUGCUUGGUGAAGAGUGCUAUCUCAGAUUGAAGCAAAUUGUCUCCAAGCCCAGUCAUGGUCCUACUGAACAAGCCCCGCUGAACCCAGAUCUAUACACUCUCUUGCGAGACAACUAUACCCAAGACAAGAAACUACGCAAGCUAUGGGGUCAAGUACAUUCCAUUCCGGACUGGGUUGACUGGGCGCAAAUAGAAAGAGGUCAGAAGGUCCUUUAUCGAUAUGAUAUACCUGCUUUGAAUUCUCUAGCCUUCCAAGGCCUCAUCGGUGCGAUGGGCCCCGGCCGUGGAGCCGAAACACUCGCACGUACAUCCGGCCUCGGAAGACAGACAGCUCGUCGCCGAAUCCUCGAAACCGCCCAAUUUAUCCUCGAAGUAACUCAAUCCCUAUCCGCACUACAGCCCGGCGGAACGGGCCAAAUCGCUUGUCUACGAGUCCGAUUUCUCCACGCGAUAGUCCGCACCCAAUUCAUGGCUCUUAUUCAAAGGGACUCGUCGCAGUCCACCUAUAAUGUAGAGGAACACGGCAUCCCAAUAAACGAUAUCGAUUCCAUCGUCACAUUACUCGAUCUCUCAGCCGUGAUCCUCCUCAUAGGCCUUCCGGCGCAAGGAAUCUACCCAUCAAACCAGGAAGUGUCCGACUGUAUCGCCAUGUGGAGGUUAUUUGCGCAUUACAUGGGGACGCCUUCUGAGCCAUUCAAGACUCCGCACUCGGCAAAGGUCAUGCUAGAGUCGUAUCUAGUGGCUGAAAUGCAUCCUACGGAGAAUAGUGGUCUGUUGGCGAGGAAUAUUUUCCGAGCCCUGGAUGACGCCCUACCUUAUGUGCCACGGUCACUUCUUAUGGCUAAUACGUACUGGCUGAAUGGGAGUGAGUUGUCGAAUCAACUUGGAUUCGAGGGAACAACGAGGGCGUGGUCGCUUGUGCUGAGCUUACUUUAUGGGGUGUUUGUCGGGCUUAUAUAUCUAUGCCGCUUGGUGCCUUGGCUUGAUGAGGGCCAUAUCAAGCUACAACGCCGACUUCAAUGGUACAUUAUUGUAGAGGGGAAGACAGGUCUGGGGAAAAGGUCGACCUUCAAAUUCAAGAAUAAGCCACAACUUCAGCCUCCCCAGAGCACCAGCAUGUAA